AAAACAGUUUUUGGCGGUCUUAAGCCGCUACAACCGGAGUAGAACACAAGAUAAAAUGAUACAAAAUUUUCACUGGUGACAGUUCCCUCCCUGUCCUUUCCCGCAUUUGAAAAAACAAGAUAAAAAAGAAAAAAAUAAAAUUCUGAAUCCCGCGCAAGAGUUACAACAAUAUAAGUACAACACACCGUUUCUGCCCCCAUUUUCUUCACACAUUUCCAUCAAAUUCCUUUCAAUUCUCGAAUGGCCGAACAAGACGUAGCAGCACCGGGAGAAUCUCACCGGAACCCUCCCAAAUUAGGGUUCCCACUACCACCCGCCGCCGCCGGCGACGAGAAACUCAUCUCCGGCCUCAGCACCAUCCUCGUCGCAUCGAUCCAAGAAGCCAGAGACAGGAUCUCACAGAUCGAGUACGUUUUCUGCUCCCAGAUCUACCCGCACUUCCAAUCCACUUCAAAGCACUCCGACUCCAAACGCCGUCGCAUCGAGGAGCUCGAGCGCGAGGUCGACGAAGGCAUGGCGCUGCACAAGACGCUGACGGAGCUGGUUCGAUCCAAGGAGUUGUCACUGAGAGCCAGCGAGGAGAAGCGGAAAUCCGCGGUCGCGAAACUGGAACGUUGCGAGAGUGAAACGGCGUCGCUUUUGGGGAGAAUUGAUGAGUUGGAGGAGAGGCUGCGGAGGAAAACGCGAGAGGCUGAGGAACUGGAAUUGAAGAGGGUGGAGAGCGAGGGUUCGUAUCGGAACCUUGUUGAGAAUGUGGAAUCGAUGAGUUGUGAGUUGCAGGCUGAGAAAUUGAAGAGAAAUCGCUUAACUGAAGCCUAUAAGAGGCUGAAAUCUCAGCAUGUUUAUCUUCGUCAGAAGGUUGGUCUCACUGAAGAAAAUAUGCUUAGCCGAAGCAAAUCGCCGCCGGGGAGUGACAAGCAUCAGAGUCCAGUCACAGAACCUGGUCUUGCAUUUGAAGACCCUGACAUUACUAUGGGUGCUUGUAAAGCAACAGACAUGGAGAGUGAAAUCCCAGAGGAAGACUUUGGAGGCCUUGAGAACGCAACUCCUGAUGUGUUUGUUUCCGUGCGUGAUGCAAAUGAAGUGAAGGAGAAAACAUUGGGGGAUGACAGAGGAGCCAAUUUGAUUCCUCCGUCUUCCAGUUUCUAUGUUCGCCCAAAAUGUCCAUCCAGUGAUCAUCCGCUUGCUAUUAGUGCAGGCCUUGAGAACACAACUCCUGAUGUGUUUGUUUCCGUGCGUGAUGCAAAUGAAGUGAAGGAGAAAACAUUGGAGGAUGACAGAGGAGGCAAAUUGAUUCCUCCAUCUUCGAGUUUCUAUGUUCGACCAAAAUGUCCAUCCAGUGCAAAGGUAGCUUCUGUAUCUGGUACUAAGCGGCCUGCACCUUCCUGGAGGCUAACCCGGUCCCAUCAAAGUCGAGCAGGCCCUGACCCUCAUGAUGAUUUUCUUGAUACUCCUCUUGAGAAUAUCAGAGUAAAUUUAAAUAAGGAUUUGAACAAGGCAGAUCUCCCAUGCCCAAUUCAGAAAGACAUUAGCAUGAACAGCUCAGAUGAUGAAACACAGGAUUUGAAUGCCGAAAGCAGUCCUCAGAAGAAGCAAUCUUCAAUUACAGUGGCUGAUAAAAGGAGCUUUAAGUACAUUGAACCAGUGAUGAAGAAAGCUGAGCUAGAACAUUUAAAUAAGGAUUUGAAGCCAGGUCUCCCAUGCCCAAUUCAGAGAGACAAAUGCAUGGACAGCUCAGAUGAUGAAACACAGGAUUUGAAUGCCAAAAGCAGUCCUCAGAAGAAGCAAUCUUCAAUUACAGUGGCUGAUAAAAAGAGCUUUAAGUACAUUGAACCAGUGAGGAAGAAAGCGGAGCGAGAAAAUUUAAAAGGAGUUGAAUGCAAACAAUGCCGAAAGUUCUAUGAUGCUGUUCUUCCUAAUGCUGAUGGUAAGGACCCUGAUAACAGUAAGCAGAAUUUCCGCUGUGAACAUCUUGAUGGUGUUUCUAGGCAUCGGUACAGGUAUGUUCCUCCCAUGACUCCUGAAGGAUUUUGGAACAUUGGAUUUGAAUCUGAAAUGUAAGGAUAUAUUUUAGGUUGAUAAAUAUAUAGUUCGAUUUGUACAUGGAUUCAAUAUCCCAUUAUAUUUGGCCAACUUGGUAGAUAGAGAAAGAUGUACCUUGGCCAUUAGAUAUGUUAUUCAGUGAUACAGGGAUAGUCUCAUAAUUUUAAGACGCAAGAUAUUUGCUCACUUGUUGACACGGCAAGCACUUCAUGCCGAGACGCAAGGUUUCAUAUACUAACAAUUGUAAUCACUUCAUGCGAGGAGCAAAUGAAUUGAUGCUCUCAUUCAAUAAUUAUACCUUACUCCUCUGACGAGUAUCUUUGAGUUA